GGCAGCAUGGCAUCUACUAAGGACCUUUUAAUCCUGGCACUAUAUGGCUUGUUACUAGAGUUACCGACCGGAUGUCAUACAACAGAUACAAGGCUGCCAAGAUUACGUCUGUCACAUAAAGAGCUCUGGGAUUUAAACAGGACAUCAGUCUUUCAUAGCCCAUCUGGAUACCUUGGUCUUCACACAAUGCUGCUGGAUGAAUAUCAAGAGCGACUGUUUGUGGGAGGAAGGGAUCUUGUGUAUUCUCUCAGCUUGGACCGAGUCAGCGAGAACUACAGAGAGAUACAUUGGCCCAGUACACCCCGGCAGGCAGAAGAAUGCACAAUUAAAGGAAGAGAUGUUGACGAAUGUGCAAAUUACAUCCGUGUCCUUCACCGAUACAACAGAACACACCUCCUGGCCUGUGGUACGGGGGCUUUUGAUCCCCUCUGCACUUUUAUCAGAGUCGGACAUCCAUCAGAGGAUUAUCUAUUUCAACUGGACUGGCACAAAUUUGAGAGAGGACGAGGCAGGUGCCCUUUUGAUCCCAGCUCCUCCUUCAUCUCAACUUUAAUUGGGGGUGAGCUGUUUGCUGGGCUCUACAAUGACUACUGGGGGAGAGAUGCUGCUGUCUUGCGUACUAUGGGUCGUAUGCCACAUAUUCGAACUGAACCUGAUGAUGAACGUUUAUUGAAAGGACCAAAGUUUGUUGGCUCAUACAUGAUUCCCGACAAUGAAGACCGGGAUGAUAACAAAGUCUAUUUCUUCUUUACUGAAAAAGCGUUAGAGGCAGAGAUAGGCGCUCAUGCCAUUUAUGCCAGAGUUGGACGAGUGUGUGCGAAUGAUAUGGGAGGACAGCGAAUGUUGGUGAAUAAAUGGAGCACUUUCCUCAAAACCAGACUGAUCUGCUCUGUGCCAGGAAUGAAUGGAAUCGAUACACAUUUCGAUGAAUUAGAGGAUGUGUUUUUGCUACAAACUCGGGAUAACAAAAAUCCAGUGAUAUUUGGACUCUUUAACACUACAAGCAAUAUUUUUAGAGGAUAUGCUAUAUGUGUCUAUCAUAUAGCUAGCAUCCGAGCAGCCUUCAAUGGACCUUAUGCUCAUAAAGAAGGACCUGAAUACCAUUGGUCUCUGUAUGAAGGAAAAGUACCUUACCCCAGGCCUGGUUCGUGUGCCAGCAAAGUCAAUGGCGGUCUGUAUGGUUCCACCAAAGACUAUCCUGACGAAGCUGUCCGUUUUGCAAGGAGCCAUCCACUGAUGUAUCAGCCCAUCAAACCUGUCCAUAAGAGGCCAAUACUUGUGAAAACCGAUGGCAAGUACAACCUAAAACAAAUAGCGGUGGAUAGAGUGGAAGCUGAAGAUGGGCAAUAUGAUGUCUUGUUUAUUGGCACAGAUAAUGGGAUUGUGUUGAAAGUCAUUACAAUUUACAACCAGGAUACAGAAUCAAUGGAAGAAGUGAUUCUUGAAGAGAUGCAAGUAUUCAAGGUGCCAGUUCCUAUUAUUUCUAUGGAAAUAUCUUCAAAGAGGCAACAACUGUAUGUUGGAUCUGAGUCUGCCGUAGCACAAGUGAAGUUCCAUCAGUGUGACAUGUAUGGCACAGCCUGCGCUGACUGCUGCCUAGCAAGAGAUCCUUACUGUGCUUGGGAUGGGAUAUCCUGUUCUAGAUACUAUCCCACAGGAAUGCAGGCAAAGAGACGUUUCCGCAGGCAAGACGUUCGACAUGGAAAUGCAGCUCAGCAGUGCUUUGGCCAGCAGCUCAUUGGAGAAGCCCUGGAGAAGACUGAAGAACGGAUAGUAUAUGGAAUAGAGUACAACAGCACUCUUCUGGAAUGUACCCCUAGAACUUUACAAGCUAAAGUGAUCUGGUUUGUGCAGCGAGCCCACGAAGCCAGGAAGGAGGAGGUGAAGACAGAUGACAGAAUCGUCAAAAUGGACCUUGGCCUCUUAUUCUUAAGGCUGCACAGGCUGGAUGCAGGGACCUACUUUUGUCAGACUGUGGAACACAGUAUUGUUCAUAUAGUCAGAAAAAUCACCCUGGAGGUGGUGGAGGAAGGGCGCGUGGAUGAAAUGUUCAACAAAGACUAUGAGGAGGACAUACCUCACAAAAUGCCAUGCCCAGCGCAGAGCAGCAUUCCUCAGGGAUCGAAGCCGUGGUACAAGGAAUUUCUGCAGCUAAUAGGGUACAGCAACUUCCAGAGGGUCGAGGAGUAUUGCGAAAAGGUGUGGUGCACGGAUAAGAGGAGGAAAAAGCUGAAAAUGUCCCCAUCCAAGUGGAAGUACGCCAACCCACAGGAGAAGAAGGCACGCAUCAGGCCAGAGCAUUACCGCCUCCCCAGGAACGUAGUUGACUCUUGA